UCAAACUCAAUCAAUCAAACAUCCAAAAAAAAUCAAACUUUCCCUCCAUUUUCUAUCCUCAAAAACCUCCAAAUCCACAAUCAAUGGCUCGCACAAAGCAAACUGCCCGUAAAUCGACUGGCGGAAAAGCCCCAAGGAAGCAGCUAGCCACCAAGGCUGCUCGCAAGUCCGCCCCAGCCACCGGCGGAGUGAAAAAGCCCCAUCGUUUCCGCCCCGGAACCGUUGCGCUUCGAGAGAUCAGGAAGUACCAGAAGAGCACUGAGCUCCUCAUCAGGAAGCUCCCAUUUCAGAGGCUUGUAAGAGAAAUUGCUCAAGAUUUCAAGACUGACCUUCGCUUCCAAAGCUCCGCUGUCGCCGCUCUUCAGGAGGCUGCUGAGGCUUACUUGGUUGGUUUGUUUGAGGAUACUAACCUUUGCGCUAUUCAUGCUAAGAGGGUUACUAUUAUGCCUAAGGAUAUUCAGCUUGCUCGUCGGAUUCGUGGUGAAAGGGCUUGAGAUUAAGUUUGGUUGAUUUUAAUUAGGGUUUGUAAUUUGGGGAUGGAUUUGGGUAAUUAGGGUUUUGUAGUGAAGAUUUGUGUAUUUAAAUGGAAGUCUGAAUGUUUGUUUUAUGUUCAAUGGAAUUACGGAAAUCUAAUUAUUAUUAUGGUUUAAUACUACUUGUUCAAUUCCUCUA